GAGGGUGCCCUGCUGGCCAAUCGAGAGCCUCCGUUCUCCCAGAGCCGCUGAGCCGCGGAGAGGAGGCGGUGAAGCCGCGAAGGAGAGCGGAGCGGCGGGGAGAGACGCUACAGAGAGCCGCUGAAAGCUAGACAGCGCGAAGAUGGCAGAUGAGGAGCUGGUGAAGAAGAUGCUGCGGGCAGUUCUGCAGUCCACUAAGAGUGGGCUGUCCCUGUCUCGCCUGCAGGCUGAGUAUAAGGAGCUGACGGGUGAAGCCAUACCCCACAAACAGCUGGGUCACGCCACACUGGACGCUCUUCUGCACAGCAUGCCCUCUGUGGUGCGUCUGGACAGGGGCCGCUCUGGGGAGGUGAUGUGUUAUGCUACAGGGGUCAAUGAGAUAGCUCACAUUACAAAGCUGAUGGCUCGUCAGCAUACGGCUAAGAAGACUGGCCGGCCACAGGUGGUCAACUGCCAGAUGAGAGUCAAACCCUCUGUCCCUCUAGUGUUAAACGCCAAGCCCAGGACGUCUCUGAGGCAGCCUGAACACCGGGGUCGUCAGGGCCGCGGUGGGGGUCGCCCGGGGGGCCAUGGUGACUCUCGCCCGGGAAGCAUGAGAGAGUCACAGCCUGAUGGAAGAGGCAGCAAACACCAUAGUACCCAGCACACACCACCCAAUACACCCACCAGAAGACCUACUCUGCCCUCUGAUAGAUCAGACAAAAGGAUGACCCUGCCAUCCAGAUUCCAAAAAGAAGUACAUGCCCACCUGUCUAGAAAUCCUCAACAAAGCAAUGCUCCUACUAGCCUGAAUGAAAACGCCCCUCCGCCAAAACCCAGGACACCCCAUCCAAGCCCCUACAGUCCCAAAUUGGUGCAAUCUCGUCUCAGAGAGGUUCUGAGCAAGCACAGCAAUGGCUUCUGGGUGUCUAAACUCCCUCAACUAUACAGAGAGCUAUACAAGCAAGACCUGCCCAGUGAAGCCUUAAAAGAUCUGGAACAGUGGACGCACAUUUGCACAGUUGAGAAACCAUUCAGUAGCAAACCUCAGGAGCUACUGUUAUACCCUGCUAAAGACAUUAGCCAAACCACUACCCCGCCUAGACCUGGUGUGCCCUCUACAGCAGACGGGCAAUCUCCAUCUCUCCAAAAGUCCCCCAGCCAGACACAGAAAGCACCCAGGACACCCCCAACUUCCACAUCCAGCCCUCCGGCAUCCCCCACAGCUGUAUCUGCAGAUGUCAAGCAAAAGCUAGGCGAGCUCCUUUUGAAGUACAGCAGUGGUCUAUGGGCUCACGCUCUCCCUAAACUCUACCAGGACACCUACAAAACUAAACUGCCAGAUUAUGUUCUUGACAACCUGCCGCUGCUGUCAGAUAUUUGCACUAUUGACUACCCCAUGCCAGACAACCCCAAAAGGGCCAUCUUGUAUGUGAAAGCAGCGGAAGAUGAGAACUGCAACCGGGAAGACCUGGCUGACAUGAAGGCCAGAGAGGAGGCAGGGAGACGUCUCAGUUCUCAGGCCGUACCCCCUCUACUCAUUCCCAGGGAAGAGUACCCCUCAGUGCUGGUGGUGGAAGCAAACAGCACUAACAGUGUUGUUCUCAGAUACAUAGGUGAGGGAUAUUCGAAGGCCCAGGAGAAGCUGGAGGAUGACAUGAAGGACUAUUAUGCACAAGAUAACACCAAGAAACCCCUGGUCUCACCUUCAUCAGGCCAGUUAACUGCAGUUCAUGCUGAAGAAGAGGAAGAGAUUCUCAGAGCACAAGUCUGUGAGGUCAUGUCAGACAAGGUCAAGGUUUAUUAUGUGGAUCAUGGCUUUUCUGAGAUCAUUAUUAAAAGCAAGCUGUUGGAGUUACAUGAGAAGUUUUUCAGACUGCCUUUCCAAGCCACUAAAUGUAAAUUGGCUGGCCUUGAGCCCUUUUCUCAGGAACCAGCUGUGCUGAAAAAGUUUGACUCCAUGGCAAGUGGUAAAAUCUUGCUGGCUGAGAUCCUGGAGCGGGAUGAUAUUCCUUUGAUGGUGUUAUAUGACACAUCGCAGGAUGAUGAUGUUAAUAUCAAUGCUGCCUGCCUGAAAGCCCUACAAGACAAGUCUUUAGAGAGCCCUUUACAGGUAAACAGUGCCUACAUGAAUGUGAAUGUGACCAGCGUGUGUUCAGAUGGGACCUUUUGCUGCCAGCUGCCAUCUCGAGGCUUGUCUAAACUCAAUGAGAUCCUGGAGAAGACAGAGACCUAUUUUCACUCCCAGGUUACAUCAGAGUCGUUAGUUUCUAGACCUUUCUGUGGAAAAAGCUGUCUGGCUCGCUACAAAGGAAAAUGGUCCCGGGUUGAGAUAACUAAUUUGCAUGGCACCCGAGUGCUGGACAUUCUGUUUGUGGAUCUGGGGGUCCAGGCAUCCGUUGAGGUCAUUGAGCUGAGGGAAAUCCCACCCCCGUUCCUACGUGACCUUAUCUCAAUCCCACCUCAGGCGGUUAAGUGCUGUUUAGCAGACCUGUCUGUAAGUGUGGGCUCAUGGACUCCAGAUGCUGUACAGUGGCUGAGAGACACAGCACUACACUGCAAUGACUGCAGCUUGAAGAUUGCUAAGGUGGAGGAGAGCAAGCGCUUGGCUCAUGUCUACCUGUUCACCAGUAAGAACUUCCAUGACCCUAGCCGCAGUCUUAACCGCCAGCUUGCUGACUCUGAUCUGUGGAAGCACCAGAAGGAUGUCUUCCUGAGCAGUCAGGGGCCUCUGAAGACCCCUACUCCCCCAACAACUCCACCCACAACACCACCCACCACAGCCUCCACUGGUACUUCCAGCCCAAGCAGCAAUGGAGGAGGCAAAGCUCCACAAAUGUUAAAAAAGGUGUCACCCCAGUCAAGCUCCCGCUCCACACCUCCAAGCACCCCGCCUGGGAGUCUGGCUCUUCCACCUGUUCUGGAGCUGCCUCCAGUAGGGCAGAAUAUGGACAUUUAUGUGUCUGUAGCAUGUCACCCAGGUCAUUUUGUACUACAACCAUGGCAGGAUAUGUACAAGCUGGUGGUCUUGAUGGGAGAAAUGAUUCUGUACUAUAACAAGACAGAAGAGAAACCUCUCAAAGUGGAGAAGAACCAGGUGUAUGCAGCCAAAGUGGAGAACAAUUGGCAUCGAGUGCUUGUGAAAGGAGUUCUGACAAAUGGCCUGGUGUCUGUUUAUGAGCUGGAUUACGGCAAACAUGAGCUGGUCAGCUGCACUCUGCUGAGACCUCUCAUCCAGGAAUUCUGCCAACUCCCAUUCCAGGGCAUCACUGCUCAACUAGCAGGUGUGAAACCCAGGCAGUGGUCUGAAGAGGCUUCCAUUGUGUUCAGAAACCAUGUGGAGAAAAAGCCUCUAGUAGCCCAGCUGGACUCAGUGCAGGAAGCAGCGCAUCCCUGGGACCGGAAGGUCACCGUCUUCCUGGUGGACACAUCUCAAGAGGACCGUGACAUCUGGGUCCAUGACAUCAUGGCAGAAUUUGCAGAUGAGCUCACUAAAGCAGCGUAGCAGCCUUGGUUAUCUGUUGGUGUGUAUUCUUAAAAGAGUGUGUGUGCGCACUCAUGGGUUGUUCUGCACACGCUGCUUCUUUACAGGUCCUGUUUACAUUUGGCAUCAACAUCUAAUCGUAAUCUUAUCUGCAUCCCAAUCUGAUCUGCAUCCCAACUAGACACAAUGCGCACUCACAAGACAGAACAUCCUGGCAUCUGAAGUCAAAUACAAUAGUGAGCUGAGUACACUAUAGGGAUAAAGGUAUUGGGACACCUAGAAGACCUGUUAUGACAUCCAUUCUAAAUCCAUAGGCAUUAAUAUGGAGUUGGUCCCCCCUGUGUAACUAUGACUGCUUCUUCUGGGAGGCUUUUUACAAGAUUCUGGAGUGUGUCUGUGGGGUUUUUUUCCCCCCAUUCAUCCAAAACGGCAUUUGUGAGGUCAGACACUGAUGUUGGACGAGAGGGCCUGGCUCACAAUCUCUCGGGGUUGAGGUCAGGGAUCUGUGCUGGCCAGUCAAGGUCUUCCACAAGUUCACCCAAAAAUGGCUUUAUGGACCUUGAUUUGUGAAGACAGACUGCAUGGCUGUGUGCUUGAUUUUAUACAUAUGUGGCAAUGAGACUGAAUGAAACACUUGGAUUCAAUGAUUAAGAGGUGUCCCAAUACUUCAUAGUGUAUGUUACUUUAGCACCUACAGCUGAAGCAGUCAAAAAAUGUGUUAAAUUUUCAGCUUUUGUCUUCUUAAGCCUACCUUUGUACACAGAUGCCUGAAAAAAUCUUAAAUAAGAGUGGAGAGAGUGCACGUGACGUUAGAAUGUAGUCACAUUGGCUGCGUUGCAUUUAUGCACAAAUUCAGUCACAAUGUGUGCUUCAUUACCUCUGAAACAGGAAAGAAAGAUCCAAACACAUUCCAAUCAGAUGUUGCCCUUAAACGCGUAUGUGAACAACAUGCAGCGAUGGUAUGCAUUUUAAUGCCGGGUGUAAACAGGGCCCAUUUGACUUGGACAUAGGUACGCAGGGAAGUGUCUAAGUUAUGGAAGGUUAGACCUCAUUUCUUUGUAAAGACUAACUCUUAAAUUAGUCCAAUUAGAAGUGUAGCUGCAAGGAUCUACGAUAAUGACAGGCAGCAUUAUACUACUUGUAGAGUCUAUCUUUUCAGUGCAGGCAGCAACUCUAAGCUCUGCUGUUGCCUUUAAAUACACUACUCAUACACUACUCAGUUAGGGAUAUUUGGCUUUCGGGUGAAAUUUCAGGAUGAACCUAAAAUGCACUCUAACCUUUACAGGUGAACUUAAUGUGACCUUCUCUAAACAUUUGAAUGCACAUGUCCAGCUGUUCAAU